AUGGAGGGGGAGAGACCCCGCCGGCUGCUGGUGCUCUACGCCUCAGCGAGGGGGACUGCGGGGGAGGCGGCAGAACGCCUGGGAAGGGAAGCGCUGCGCAGGGGCUGUCCCUCCGUACGUGUUCUCUCCGCGCAGAAAUUCGACGCUGAGAGGAUUCUUCGCUGUUGCUGUCCCGUAAUCCUACGAUUUUGGCGUUUAAAUUCAUCGGGUGCUCUUCUUGCUUUCUGGAUCCUUAUCCGGCUCUUUGCUACUUUUUCCAACUUCAAUGUGUGACAACUUCCGGGGGAGUUCUUUCUGGCUCAGGGAACCUAUCAUCACGCCUCGUUUAACUGUGUUUGAUGGUUUUUUUUUGUUGUUGUUGGAUCCAGAGCGUUCUUUCUCCUUGGUUCCAUCGAUUUCACAGUCAUGAUCCUAUCUUUUUGUGUAGAGUGAGCGCAUGUCUACUGCAAGGCCAAACUCGGAAUAACUCCUUUCCAGUGUUGGUUCAUCCGUCAGAGAACAAUGCUCAGAUUAAAUUGCUACAUUCUUAUACUCCUGUUUCUCGGCUGUUCUCUCCUAUCCAGUGGACUCUUGAAUGAGUUCCUCUUUCGAGAUAACUCUUAUGUUUUGAUAAAAUAUUGAUACCAUUUGCUCUUACGUAAAUAUGUACAAAUAUUGCUUCUUAGGAUUCGUAAACUGCUGCUUCCGUCUGUGGUUUUUAUUGCAACUUCUGACAAGAAAUUUUUUGCCUCCUCUCUCAGAGUUCUCUGCCUCUAGAGGAUAUUGUGAUUUUUGUAGUGUGUACUCGAGGCCGAGGUGAUAUGCCACGUUCAGUGCAGGUUUGUUCUUGAUAAAAUUUACUUGGUUCGGGUUUAGUUGGCUUCCUUCAUCAUUUAUGAAAUUAAAAUAGCUUCCUAUUGCAGGAGUUCUGGAAGUUCCUCGUGCAGAAGAAUAUUAGUAAAAGGUGGUUGGAACAUGUUCAUUAUGCCGUCUUUGGAUUGGGUGAUUCUUCGUACGAGAAAUACAACGUAAUAUCACCAAACUUAUCACUAAAUUUUAUUAUCUGGAUCCUUAAUGUGCAUUGGCGAUCUUUGUUUACAAUGCCUCCACGCUUAUGGCAUUUUUUGGACCUGUUACCUCAUCCUGUUCUGUAGCAUGGAGUUUUUCAGUAUUGUUGCAUAAUUUAAUUUUAGAUGUCAAUGCAUAUUGUUUAGAUUUACUAUGUUGUCGCACCAUGUGCGAAUUUUUCAUCAGAGGAUGGUAUUGGUAUUUGAAGCAGUAGCAUUGCUGCUUUAGGGUUUGUUCUGUGGGUUUAGUAGAGCAAUAUAGGCGCUAGUUUGUUCACUUGUUUCUUUCUUGUGCAUGUUCAUGUGGCUAAAGAAGUCUUUUUGUGGCUGUGUUUUUAUUCUCUCUCUCUCUCUCUCUCUCUCUCUCUCUCUCUCUCUCUCUCACACACACACACACACUUAUAUUUAUAUCUUCUCCAACAGUGAAUUUCUUUCGUUAUUGCACUUCCCUCUUCCCUAGUCUUCUUUAUCUCUUAUCUCUAUCCUUUCCGGUUUAUCAGCAUUGAGCCAGUAUGACCAGUAUUAACCCAGAACCCUCUCUUAUCAUUUUUUGAUUUUUGUCUAUUUCUAUCUGACUACCUGAACGACCUUUAAUUGCUUUAGGUGUUGGCCUUCCUAUUGACAAACCCAAUGCUUUUGUGUAGCGUACUGAAAGGAAUGAUGUUGUUUAUUGUUUUAUUGCAUGUCUCAGUCUAUCUCUAGUUCACAUGUAUUAUUGACCACAGUACGCAGCAAAGAAGCUGGAUAUGAGGCUCUUAAAGAUUGGUGGAAACCCUAUAAUCGAAAAGGGCUUGGGAGAUGCUGAGCACCCUUUAGGGUAUGCUAUGAACUAAGGCUCUUUGGGUCAUGAUUUUUUUUUUUUUUUUGAGUACAUUGAUGUUCUGGAGUACUUUUGUUAGUGAUUGAUUUUUAGUUUGCGAAUAUUUUCUCCAUGUUUUAAUGUCCAAUAUAUCUGCGUCGUUUAGGAUGUUUCGGACUUCAUGGUCAUAAACUUGAAGACUUUCUUAUGGUCACUGUUGACUUGUGAUUUUAAAACCAUUCAAUUGGAUGUCACAUAGACUUGUGAAGUUAUCUUUUAGCGCCCCUGUUGGUCAAUAGUUAAGAAUCAUCUUCCCAUUUUCUGGGUGGUUUAUACCUGGAUAUUUCUAGAAAGCUUAGACAUAGACAUUGUAACUGUUGCAUUCUGUUAAAUGCUUACUGCUUUACAUUUCCUGUAUGGAAUAAAAUAAAUAUCAUCCACUUUGCCUUUGUCAUUACAAAAUUUCAGGCUUUAACCGAUUCAUGUUGUAGGCCACAAUGACCAUCGACUAAAUAUAUCUGAUUUCUUUUGUAGAUAUGAAACUGCUUUUGAUCCUUGGCUUUUUAUCUUUAUGGAAUGCACUGCAUGAAAUGGAUCCUACACUGUUGCCUAAUCUAGACUCUUCUAGUCACAGUUUGGAGAUACCAAAAAUUGAGGUCACUUUUCAUGACAUCAACAUGAUGACUGAUACACAGACAUCUUUAUCAGGUAACUUGUGCUUUAUUAUUAAGGUUCUUUGGUUGUUAUUUGCUGCUAAAAAGAUUCUCUUUUUUUUUAAUUUGUCUCUCCAUUUAACUCCUUUUGAAAAAAUGUCCCUGUAUAGCUUGAUAUCGUAGUAAUGCAUGUUUAUAAUUUUUAUCGCAUUUGAAAAUCCAUCGUCAUUAGAGAUUUGUUUAUUCUAACUUCUCAUUGUCUUUUGUGAGUUAAUCUCUUUUACAACUAAAAAGGGCAAAGCAUUGGCUAGAAAUUUCUACUUACAUAUCUUUCCAUUAAUUUAUUAUUCGCAUUUCCUGCUGUGAUCGCAAGUCUCCAAGUGGGCCCUCGUGCCUUUUUUCUAGGGUAGAGAUUUAUGUGUGGUUAGGAGAGUGUUAAAUAUUUGAACUGCUUUCCAUUUGAGUGACAGUAUAAGAAGACCUUGAAGUACGUUUAAUAGAUGGAGACUUUGCACAGUUGUAUCAAUAUGGUGGACCCAGCUGACUACUACUGAGUAGCUUCUGCGUAGGUAGGCGGACAGAAAUUGAUACCUUGCAGUCGAGUUGAGUGUAUCCAUUUGUUUUAAUAUCCAUUCUUCUCCAACUCCGACUCAUUUAAGAUGAUGAAUUAAUGAAAAUCUAAAUAGUAUUUACUUUCUCCCUUAAUGAAACAGGUAAGCUUAAUAGUGGCUAAUGUGUGUGCCUCAUAUCUAAUGAAAUCAACUCUUUAUGUGAAUGGAAUGGGGAUGUUAAUGAAAAUCAAGCGUAAAACAAAGUAUCACUGGCAUUUCCCCUGCAGCUCAAAUGAUUGCGACAUAACUCAAUUAAGGUAGUAUGAAUGCAUCUUUGAAUUGUAGGCCCACAAUGAGGCAGUUGAACCAUAGGUUUUCAAAUUUCAUUUCUGUGAAAUUCCAUCUUUGAUAAUUUUAUUACUGUGCAUUGUUUGACUUUUUUUCUUUUGGAGUAUAAUAAUGGGGUCGUGCUGUCUUAAACUAUUUCAAUGAGGCUGGUGUCAGACUGCCUGUGCUGAGAAUUUGCCAAUCUGUUCCGAGCAAAGUAAGGGUGUACCCGCUUGAAUCUGACAAUGACAACACGCUAUAUGCUAUUAUAUUGUUGCCUUUUGAUGAAAUGGACUCUGAUUAAUAUCACGAUUGGAGGUCCCUUGAUUUCCAACAUCAAGUGUGUUUAAUGUUACGGGUCGUAAAUAUACAUAUAACUUAUCAAUUAUUUUGGUUAAUUGUUCCUGAUGUAGUAGUUACUUCAGAUAAUUAUAUUUAUUUUAUUUACAUAUGUUUCCUAUAUUACUAUUUCUGUAAUUUGGAUUAGCUUCGGUCCAUGUACUACUGUAGAUUUUACCAAAGCAUCUUCUUUUGAGAUUUCUGACCCAAAUGUUCUUGACAGAUCUGAACUACAUCCAGAAUCUGAUAGGGAAUGUUCGGUCAAUGUCUCCUGCAGAAUCUCAUUAUAAAAAACCACAAUAUCUUCUCCGUAUGGUAUAAUUAUACUUAUUUUAUUAACGUACUAUUAUUUUAUUAUGCACUUAAGUCUAAGUUAUUUAUUGUAAACUUGCUGAUUCUUUAUAUAUUGACUUAGUUUUCGAGGGAAGCGUCAAUGAAUGAGUCAAAAUGGUAAUGAUCUACAAAAACUGACGGAUAUCUAAUUAAAAUUUGAUAUAUUUUUCUCAAGGUGUCUUACAUUGGGUGCCCUAAUUUUUUUUUUUAACUUUCAUUCAAUAAUAUGGAGAAUGGUUGAUCUCGUGUUUUUCGCUGAAUUUCUUAUCAUCGAAAUGGAAAAUGAUUCUUCUGUAAGCGCAUUUUUAAGAUCACAAAUGAGCAGUAGACCAAAAGUGAAGCCGAGAAGGUUGUUCAUCAUUUUGAGUUCGAAUCAUCUCUCUCCGUAAGCACUGUUCACCACGCACCGUAUUGCAAGUUCCUGUUACAGAGGAUUCGAAAUCAUGGCUCUUCAGUAUCAGGUGGGAGAUGUUCUUGAGGUUCUUCCUGCCCAGGACCCCGUCGCUGUAGACGCAUUCAUCCGUCGUGCAAAACUUUCACCCAGACAGUUAUAUCACGGCAUGUAUCCGCGCCAUACUCUCAUUUGCUUCAUUUCCUCAACGUUUGAUCUUUUUUGCUUCAGAAACAACCUUCCUUCAUGUUUUUCUUUUUCCUUUUUUUUUUUUUUUUUGGUUUGGCCUCUACAUUCUGCCGGAAUCAUUAAUCCAUGUUUUAUUGGGGAUACCUCAAAGCUGUUCAUGGGCACUGUUCUCUCUUGGUUACUAGUUUAG